GCGAUGCAGCCCCCCGCGGCCGGCUGACGGGGGGGGAGCCAGGCUGAUCGCCCCGACACCGGGACUCUGAGUUGCCGCGCUGCCCGGGAGGCAGCGGCUGUUUGCUGCACCCCAGAGGAAGGGGACGUCCCGGGCCGGUCCUGCGGGCGACUUAGCUCCCAAGGUACCAUCGCAGCCGGGCGCCAGGGAGCACCCGCCGGGCCGGGGGGGGACUGGUCCCCGUGGGCACCUGCCAGGCCUCAGAGCCCUAAGGCCCAGGGCCCCGCCAUGCCAGCCAAGACCCCCAUCUACCUGAAGACCUUGACGCCGAAGCGGGGCCGGCGGCUGCGGCUGCGGGACGUGCUGUCGAGUGAUAUGAUCAGCCCGCCGCUGGGGGACUUCCGGCACAGCGCCCACGUCGGGCCGGAGGGCGAGGGCGACAUGUUCGGGGAACUCUCCUUCCUGCAGGGCAAGUACGACCUGCUGCCCGGCCUGGGCCGGCGCCUGGCCUCGCAGAGCGCCCAGGCCGUGGGCCACGAGCCGGCCCGGGGCCCCGCCGCCAGCGGCUACCGCAGCCUGCUCAAGAGCGCCGUCUCCCUGCCCGUCUUCAGCGGGGCGCCGAGCCCGGAGCAGGCGCCCCCCAAGCCGCCCCGGCUGCACCUGGAGGAGCUGCCCAGCAGCCAGCGCUCCAUGUCCGUCAGCUGCGGCGAGGGCCUGGCCUUCUCCUCCAUCUCCCACUACGACCAGCUGCCCUCCUCCGUCUCCUUCUCCGCCACCUCCUCCGAGGGCUCCUUCCCGGGCCCCUGGGGCCUGGGCUACGGCGCCCGGGCCGGCGCGGACACCCAGGAGCCCCCGUACUCCCCUGGGGCCUCUGUCCCGCGCUCCGAGUCCCUGCUGGGCCUGGACCUGGACCUGGGCCCCUCCAUCCUGGACGACGUGUUGCGGAUCAUGGAGGAGUACAAGCUGCCCGGAGCCAAGGCCGUAUAGAGCCGUCCUCCGUGCCAGGGAGGCUCCUUCCCCCCCCCCAUCCGCGGGGGUGCCACCCACUCAGCGAACGGCCUGAGCUCUGCCCCGCGCCCCCGCCCUGGGCCCACGAGGGGCACCGUGGCCGCCUGGGCUCUGUGGGGAGCCUGCGGGGACUGGCCCCAGAGGGGACUGAGGGGCACGGCUGAGCCCCUGACCCUGCGCGGCUCCAGAACCGGCCUCGGGCGUCGCCUGGCGGAGGAGAACACGGCGCAUGGACGCUCCCUCCAGCUCUGCCUGGCCAGCAACACCAGCUGGACUUCAGGAAGAGUCAGGCCUUCAGAGCCCCCUGCCCGGCUCUGCCCCCGGGCGGGCUGGGCUCUGGGCCGGGGAGGAUAUGGGCCGAGCUGUGGGCCCAAGCCCGGCUCCUCGUUCUGCGGCAGCCGGAGCCUCGCGGGCCCCAGGGAAUGGGUGGCGCCAGUGGGGACGCUCCUGGCGCUUUGCUGCUGCGCCUGCCCAGCUCCAGCCCUGGCCCCCGGGACCCAGCUCGGGGCUGCGGGGUCCUGCCCCACUGGGCACAGAGCCCAUAUUUAAACCCUAACACCCCAGUCCCCCAGCGUAACCGCAGAGCUCUCCCCCAGGGGCCUUGGCUGGCCGCUGACCCCGGCGGGGGGCUCCUGUAGGCUCCAGGGCCAGGCUGACCCCGUGUGAUUCGCCACAGCAGGAAGGUCUGGGCAUGUCCCCCCCCCCCCGUCACUGCGGCAGCACCCUUACAUCGGACCCCGCUCCUGCAGGGAGGGGCCUCCCCUGCCCAGAGCCCUUCCCCAUGGCCCUGUGCACGGAGCCUCGAGGACGGGACCGCCGGGGGUGAGGUGGGAAGGGACAGGGAGGUUUGGUGGCCGGGAAGGGGACUGGGGAGAACACACACGCACCCUCACACUUACACACCAGGCUCACACUCCCUGCCCCCCUACAUCCUCCCCCACCCCUAUACUCACACCCCACACACACACCCCUACACACACCCACACACACU